AUGCUCCAGCAUCGCCGGCAGCCAGCGGUCAAUCUGCCAAUUUUGAGGUCAGGCCUGGGAACCAGUAACAUACCCAAAGCCCCUCGUACGAUGGUACAAAAAAGAUAUUCAACUUUGGGCUCGUUGUUAGAGCAGAUUCAGGAUAAUGAAGCCAAGAAGCUAUAUCCUCGACUGGCGCUCUUUGAAGCCCUGUCAGGAUUCAAGGACAAGUAUAAGCCACGGCAGCAAUCUGAGGAUCCAAUAUGCGAGGCCAGAAGGAAUUUCUUGGACUCAUUUGCGUAUCUUUGCGACGUACAAAAAGGCGGGAAUACAGUCACGGCUGUUGCACUGCAGCAGCGCCCGCAUAGCGACUUUCUUUGGAUGGCCGCAAACGAAGGAAUACGCGAUGACAUUCGGGUCUAUGCGACAGACAUUCUAGCAAACUUAAGGACCGCGACUUUAGAAAAUCAGAGGAUUCUCCAAGAUACUAUCUUCAAGCUCGCUGUUGAGAAGUGCAAGCCACGAAUCCAGUUCUACAAAGAGAAUGUUCAGAAGUACGCAACAAAUUGCAGGAUGUCUCUCAGACACAGAGAAAAAGAUGAUACUGUGAAACUCAUACGAGCAAAGUUGAAAAAACUGUCAGAGCCUCGGUCAAGUUGGACUGUGGAGGCCUAUGUCGACCUUUGUCAUGACAUGAGAAAUGCGGAAUACCAUCAGAUCAAGAGAUAUUCAGCCAAUGCCGGUGAUGAGUUCAGCAGGCUAGCACACUAUGUCUGGCGCCUGGGCGCAACGCGCGAAGCGGCGAAUACAGUAGUCGAGGCAAUGGUCACGGUUCCUUCUCUGAAGCGGGUUCACGAAAUACGUACAGUCAGCGCUCCGGCGACUGUCGAGAAGACAAUCCAUCCAAGUUGCGUAAGUCCCCAUGAAGUCUUGCAUGGAAUCUCUGCAGACUCGGCUUCUCGCAACCCAAUGCAUUACAAGCAUGCAUUCGCCAGGCUCCAUGAACUUGAUUCGCCAUUUGUUAGGCCAAUUCACUCUUCGAUGGUGUCUCGACAAACAAUUGUCACAAGGGUGCAUGCUGAGCUACAAAUUGCAGACACGUUCAGCAGAUCUCGGGAUAUAGAAUUUGUCGACAAAGACAAAUAUAUUGGAUGCAGCAAGUCAGCAUGUUACUUCUGCUACAACUGGCUUUGUAACCACAAGCACUAUUACGUCCAACCGGCUACUCAUCACAAGAUUAUCCCAGGCUGUCGAGGACCGGAUGACAAUCUCAACGAAACGGGGCGGAAUGUGUUGGUAGACAUGUAUUCAAAAAUCGUUCGGCAAAUCGGACAAGAUAUCUUGGAUUUUCUUCAAGAGAAUUUGCAGCCAAGGCUUCAGUAUAUGUCCACCGAAGCUUCGAGUCGAGCUACAAGUCGAUUAUCAGCUACACGACGUUGA